AACCAGCCCUAGACCUCUGCUUGAGGGUCCUUCCUCUGAAGACAUCACCAGUGUGUGGAGCCCGCCCCACACCCACCCCCUGCCAAACCACGGCCUUUACCUGUGUCUUCCGGUGUUUCCCGUGCGACCCAUCCUGUGGGAGUGCCUCGUGGGCCGCCCCAGAGUUCACCCCACACUCAGCAGCGCCAAUGGUGAAGAUGACAAGAUCCAAGACUUUCCAGGCAUAUCUGCCCUCUUGCCACCGGACCUACAGCUGCAUUCACUGCAGAGCCCACUUGGCCAAUCAUGAUGAACUAAUUUCCAAGUCGUUCCAAGGAAGUCAAGGACGAGCAUACCUCUUUAACUCAGUAGUUAACGUGGGCUGCGGGCCGGCAGAAGAGCGCGUGUUGCUAACAGGACUGCACGCCGUCGCAGACAUUUACUGUGAAAACUGCAAAACCACUCUGGGCUGGAAAUAUGAACACGCCUUUGAAAGCAGCCAGAAAUAUAAAGAAGGCAAAUACAUCAUUGAACUGGCACAUAUGAUCAAAGACAAUGGCUGGGACUGACUGGAGAGCGUCCGCCCACCCCAGUGUCCACGUGAACGCCAUCCACCCGAACAUUCUGCCCAAGCGUGAGAGCGUGACUGAACACUUGGUUCCAUCCAUUUAGGGGCCUUGCCAUCUGGGGCAUUCUCCCACCCUGCCACCAUCUUCCUGGUGACCAGCCUCUAAAUCGCUGUCUCUCUGUCUCUUUGCUUUGUGUCUGUUUGUGAGUUGAUCCUGGCUUCUCUCUCUGUUCUAGUGUUGGCUGAAAGCAAAGCAACAAAAGGAACAGAUGCCUGCCCGCAUGGCGGCAGCCCACUUUGAUAAAGGCCCCAGGGCCCUUGAAGAGCUGCCCGAUGGCCUCUUGUCAGGAGGACAGUGGCACAGCACAGGGGCGUGAGGAAGAGGGGAACCAGGAGGGUCCCGGGUGGGUAGGGGACGGGAGGGUAGAGGUAGGAACAAACUUGUGCUGCGCCUGGAGACCUGGGAACUUAGGCUUGAAAUAAUCGACUUGUCUAAAAGGACAAAGAGAAAAAAAAAAAAAUACCUCAUGACUGCAUUCUCUCUGAUCCGAAGCUUCUGUUCCUGACACCAAAUGUGCCAGGUUAGCAAAUGAGCACAAGAAGUGGCCCUAAUUGUAGCUGGCAGGGCAGGGGCCGGCCUGGUUCCCCUGGGCCGAGCUGGGGAGUGUCCUGGCAGCAAUGAGUGACUCGGGAAAAGCCCAGAUGGUUUUGAUGACUCUGAUGCCACACUGUUCCUCUGGGUAAUCAUCUUUGCCUCUUCAGCCACUGUAGGUGACAGGAGAGGGGACUGCCAUUUGCAAUGGGUGCAAGAGCCAAACGUCCCAAAGGCUUUGACCAGCAACCAAGUAAAAUCAGUGGUUGAGGAUAACAGGGAACAAAAGGGGGAUGCAGCUUAGGAGCUCCUGCAGAAAUGGCUCUGAUGUUGGGCCAGAGAAAGUAAAAAGUAGAACCAGUUAGCAGUUCUGACUGACCUUUUUUUCUGAACCUUAGUAAGAGAAGAGCAUUGUGGUAAGGAAGGGAGGGUGGGGCGGGGCAGUGCCGGGA